UGACAACCCCGAUAACCCACCACCAACUUACCUGACGGGUGAAAAAGGCUUUUCAUUGUGAUUGCAUCUCACAAUUGAAACCCACCAGCUUUAUUUAUUCGCCAUUUUUCACCGUCAACAUUCGAUGCACAACGUGGCCCGACGCUGACCGUUUUACGUGUGGUUUCUUGCGGGCGUGUUUUGGUGUGGGCGUGUGUGUGGCGGCGGGUUUUCCAAGUCGCGUCUCUACACGCAGGCAACCCCCGCUCUGACCAAUACAAUUAGCUCCUAUCUGUCGGUCCAACACCACAUACAUCACGCAGCAUAUUCCAUACCACAACACUCGAGUCGGUUCUUUUUGACAAAGUCGAAUAAGUCGCUAUCGCUCCCGCGAGUCACGGGCAACCCGGAAUUCGACUUUUUUUUUUUUGUCCCAGUUCAAUUCAGUUGUCAUCCAGGCCAAAGGACAGACAGCGAGGCACAGGAUAUGCCCAGUUCGUCCUGUUGAUUUUAUGGCAACUGUAUCACUGAUCCCGUCUCCGGUGUCAUUUCACCAGACGGCCAUGUCUUCUCGGUCUAGAGUGCCUCUGUCGAGCAACCCAAAUGCCGCUAACUCGCCCAUGAGGCCCAUGGCGGUCGCACAUCCCAAACCCGUGAAACGGUCGCAUGCCAGCAACCAGCGGGAGGAGCUUUAUGGGCAGCCACCUCCAGCCAAGAAGCAGAUGAUCAGUAACCCAUCUACUUAUCGCGUGACUGCUCGCUCGCCUGUUAAGGCCAGGACUACAACGCAUACCAUCACCCAAAGUCGGGCUGUUGGUGGACACAGGGAUAGGGACGCCGCAUCACAGCAACAUGUCAAGGCACAAUUGGCAGAUGAAGAUGUCAAUGAUUUCAAAAAGUGGGCUGCAGCGCAGAAGCAGCAGUUUGUCAAGCAUGUCUUUUAUUUCGACAACCUUCCCCAGGAGGUUUUACCCAAAAUCGAGAGGCAGAUUGCGGCUUUAGGGGCUAGAGAGGACAAAUUCUUCUCAAUCAGCAUUUCCCAUGUCGUCACCACCAGGCCUAUCCCUCAGCCUCAGACCUCCCAAAAGCCCAAGCUUGACGUGAGCACGAAAACCGACCGCGACGAGCAAGAACCUCAGACGAUAAACCCGUCGCUUCUGAGCCGAAACCUGGACUCGACCUGCACUAAGCGGAAACUGUUUGACACACAUCCGGCAGGAAGAAGGCCUCCCAUACAGCUGGGAGAGGAUGUUGUGCGGAGACCCAAGGCACCUCGCCAGCAGAAUGAUAUUUUGGGACGGGCCCUGACCAUGGGCAAGAAGAUUUGGUCGCUGGAAAAGAUGCAGCGCAUUCUUGAUAUGCUCACAGAGUCAGAUCCUUACCGCGCAGCUACCCUUGGACAAGGUGGGCGUACCAUCAAGACGGUGGAGCAGAGCAACCCGUUGCAGAUGUUGAACAAGGAACGUGUCAGUGGCCCUUCGGAUCGCGACCCCACAGCAUCGACAAAGGAGAUGCAUAUAUUCAAGGGUCCGUUCAUCUAUAUCUACGAUAUAGAGCAGAAGCAGCGUCCGAUCAUGGCCCGCGAAUACGCGAAGGUUGCGGACAAGAUGAAGGGGGACUGGCCUCAGUUCCGAGCAUCAGGGAGUGGGCGUUGUCCUUUUGUUGAGGACCAUGAUCAAGAAAAACACCCGAAAAAGGAGCGAGAGGUUACUCGACAGGCAGCUGUGAAUGCAGCCGUGGGCUCUGCCCCGAAGCUUCAACCACCUACACAGAUCUCGCGUCCAAAACCCAUUACUGGAAAGAGACCAUUGGCAGAAAUGAGUGAAGUCUCGACCAAUCGUAUUCUAUUUCCAUCCAAAACAACGACGGGCGGGAAUGCUCUCAUGGAUUCUGCGCAAGGCUCCAAGUUAUCCAAAGAGGAUGCUCUGUCGAACGCCUUCAUUAGCACCAACCGCUCGAGACCUGCGCGAAUUUUUGCAGGGGAACCAGUUGCUUCCGGGCUCCAGGCUUCCAACAUAACAUCCGCUAUCCGGUCCCAGAUGAUAUCAUCGACCACGGGAACUAUUGCUAGUAACAAGUCGGGCGUGAGCAAGGAGGUUCUGGGUCUGCAGCGCAAGGUCCUGGCCAAGAGUGGAUCUAUCUCUCAGGAUCCUAGCUCUCGUCGUCAUGCCGAAAUGAGUGUGGACAGCGGCCCUCUCAGUCGUUCGACCAGCUUAGGCAACCCUCGGCUCAUUUUCGAGGGUGAGGAGACUCAGCAUCGACGGACCCAUAGCGUUCCCUCAAAGCUCCAGCCAAAGCCCAAGAAGCGUGAUCCGAAACCUGGAUACUGCGAGAACUGCCAGGACAAAUUUGCAGACUUUGAAGAGCAUAUCCAAUCACGCACUCACCGGAAAUUCGCCGAGAAUGAUGAAAACUGGGAAGAUCUUGAUCGUCUCCUCCAGCAGCUCGAGCGCCAGCCUCUUCCUCAUCAUCACUUGUACAGCGACGAGACCGUCGAGCAGAACUACGACCAGUACUGAUGACGAGGGAUUUUCACUCGGAGGACUCGGUCACCAGACCAGAGUCUUCAUAUAUUAGUCUAGUUUGGUGGCCUGCAAGGCCUGUUCAUGCCACCUCAAACUACUGCUUUAGCGGCUAGUAACACUCCAGUUAUGAAUCCAACAGAAGCUGUUCAGUCACUUGUCUCCUUUCGCCAGUUGCCACUUUCGGAAAUACCCUCGCGCGAUUUCGACUUAUUGCCAACCAAACAAAAUAACCGUUUCACUACUGCUGUUUUCUUGGGCUUUUCGGUUGCCUCCUUAUGCUUUCCAAGCCUUUGACUUUUGAUUUAACACUUGGUAUUUUAUAUUUUUUUUGCCAACACUCAACGCAACGCAUGGCGUCUUUUACUCAUACUUAUGCAUUGUCGGCGGGAAUUGUUUAUUCUUCCACUCUUUGUUUUGGGCGCAAGCGUUUUAAAACCACUCUUAAUACUUUUCAGAAGCACAUAUAUGGACAGCCUCUGUCCCUUUGUCAGUCCAGACCUACCUCAGUAGAUCACCACUCUUCUCGAUUGGGAUAGCAAACAAGCUUACCCCUCGGGUCAAAUGGAAUCCAAAAUUCUGGCUUCAAGAAGAUUCGCAUAGCAGUUGGGAGGUGCAUUAUAUUGGAAGCUUGCUCUGAUGCCUUGGUCGAAGAAUAUGUUCGUCAGAGCCUAUGGCUCCCUCAUGGUCUGUGGGUGAUGAAGGAAGAAAGAUCGCGGGAUGGAUAUAUAUCAUAGGCUCAUAGUAACUUGUAUGAUGUAGAAUUAUCAAUGGAGAAUCCUGAU